AUGGCAUUUAGAAAAUCAAAUGUAUAUUUAAGUUUAGUGAAUAGUUAUCUUAUUGAUUCACCACAACCAUCAUCAAUUAAUUAUUGAUGAAAUAUGGGUUCAUUAUUAGGUUUAUGUUUAGUUAUUCAAAUUGUAACUGGUAUUUUUAUAGCUAUGCAUUAUUCAUCUAAUAUUGAAUUAGCUUUUUCUUCUGUUGAACAUAUUAUAAGAGAUGUUCAUUCAGGUUAUAUUUUAAGAUAUUUACAUGCAAAUGGUGCAUCAUUCUUUUUUAUGGUAAUGUUUAUGCAUAUGGCUAAAGGUUUAUAUUAUGGUUCAUAUAGAUCACCAAGAGUACUAUUAUGAAAUGUAGGUGUAAUUAUUUUCAUUUUAACUAUUGCUACAGCUUUUUUAGGUUAUUGUUGUGUUUAUGGACAGAUGUCACAUUGAGGUGCACUAGUUAUUACUAAUUUAUUUUCAGCAAUUCCAUUUGUAGGUAACGAUAUUGUAUCUUGAUUAUGAGGUGGGUUCUCAGUAUCUAACCCUCUAAUCCAGAGAUUCUUUGCGUUACAUUACUUAGUACCUUUUAUUAUUGCAGCAAUGGUUAUUAUGCAUUUAAUGGCAUUACAUAUUCAUGGUUCAUCUAAUCCAUUAGGUAUUACAGGUAAUUUAGAUAGAAUUCCAAUGCAUUCAUACUUUAUUUUUAAAGAUUUAGUAACUGUAUUUUUAUUUAUGUUAAUUUUAGCAUUAUUUGUAUUCUAUUCACCUAAUACUUUAGGUCAUCCUGAUAAUUAUAUUCCAGGUAAUCCUUUAGUAACACCAGCAUCUAUUGUACCUGAAUGAUAUUUAUUACCAUUCUAUGCUAUUUUAAGAUCUAUUCCUGAUAAAUUAUUAGGAGUUAUUCUAAUGUUUGCAGCUAUUUUAGUAUUAUUAGUUUUACCAUUUACUGAUAGAAGUGUAGUAAGAGGUAAUACUUUUAAAGUAUUAUCUAAAUUCUUCUUCUUUAUCUUUGUAUUCAAUUUCGUAUUAUUAGGACAAAUUGGAGCAUGCCAUGUAGAAGUACCUUAUGUCUUAAUGGGACAAAUCGCUACAUUUAUCUACUUCGCAUAUUUCUUAAUUAUUGUACCUGUUAUCUCUACUAUUGAAAAUGUUUUAUUCUAUAUUGGUAGAGUUAAUAAAUAA